AUGUGGUUAGGGUUAAUGUGGCAUCAGAGGGGAAGGAGAAAGGAUUUUAGGGAUAAAGGUGCCUACGGAUGUAGGCUUGGGCUAGUACUGGUGGAGCUGGCGAUUCGUGACACAAGUAGCGAGAGUGGGGUUCGUGAUGGAGGAGAUUGGACUGGAAAUGGGAGGCUUGGUGAUUGGGAGAUGGAGAUGCAGCGACUAGUGAAGGAGAAGUGUCAAGAUGAGGGGCGAUUGGUGGUGCGCGAUGAAGAUGGUGGUUGUGGAAGGUGGCCAAGGUCGAAUAGGAACGGGUGUUUGGGGUUUUUGAUUAAGGGAUGCGAACAAGGUUGCAAGGGAGUUGGGAGAAUGAAAAUGAGGGUCAGUGAGAAGUGA